CCCAAAGACAAACUUUAAUUGCUCAUAUUCACAAUCUCAGCAAGACAAGGCAGAUUUCUCUGGCGAUUUAUCCUCCCUGCAGCAUCACAAGGGCUGCGUAUCCGCUCUCUGAUCGCCCUCUCCCUCAUGGUGCAAUUCCGUCUCAUAAUCACCUCAAGGGCGUCACUCUAUCGCUGCUGCUGUCUUCGUCUCUCCUCUCACAAGCUCUCACUCACAUCCCUGUCGGCAUCGAUGCUGAUUCCCUAGCAUCGAGGAAUGAAGCAUGAAGCAUGGGCGAGCACCGGCCAUGAGGCUCUACUGCCGAUCGCUGGUCCUUAGGCCGCUGGCUGCUGGGAUGCGGUCCAAGCGGUCCAUGCUGGGACCUCCUCUUUUCAAUGUCUUUGAAAUGGAUUCAGCGACACAUUCGACCAGCAUACACAACUCCCGCACAGCAGAAACGGCAAAGACUGCUAUGACAUCCUCCUCUAUACCAUCUGUUCAUGGUUGGGAUGUUGGUUCCAGCUGGUAACGAUUCCUCCUCCUUUCCUCGCCUCGCUCGAUGGACGAUCUCGGCGUGCAACUUCUCCGUCCCCUCGUUCUUACAGCCGACGGCUCUCCUCGCUCCUGCAUGUCAUGUUGCAGCCUUCGUCCUCUUGAGCGAUGGUCGCUACCUGUGCGUCAGCUCAGCAUGGCAGACGGCAGAUAUGUAGGAGAGUAGGAGGGGUCCAGGAAGCUU